UGAGAAACUCUGCAGCUUGAACUGAUUUGGGGAGAGAAAGGGAGAGAGAAAGGGGGUAGGGGGAGGGCGAGAGCGAGAGGAAGGCAAAAUAGCCGAACCAAACCAAUGGUUUUCCUGCAAAGUGCCGGGAAGUUUGUGGAGCACUUUCUAGGAAUCAGGUCCUUUCUCAGAGUCUCUCCUUGUCUUCCGAAGAAAGAGCUUGCUUUUGGAUUGCCAUGGAUCCUAAAGAGAGUCUUAGACACACUUGAAUAAUUCCCCUGCUUGGGCUGGAUUGGUGGGAAUUUAGGAAGGAGCGUGUGUGCAAAGCAGAAGCAUUCGGAGCUCACUCGCUGCUUCUCUAAUCUGUAUGGAUCUAAAAGUGUCACAUUCAAGACCUUUGCAUCUCCAGCUUUUGAAUUGAAGAUUUCCCUUUCCACUUUAAAUAGCUGCUAAGAAACUGAAAACUUUUGGACCUACCUCUUACUGGCUUUGGAUACUUUUUUCUUUUUUUUAUAUUUUUUUCAUUUUUUUUUUUUUUUAAUCUCCGUGGAAUUUGUCUCGCAAGUGAUCGGGAUUGUUUUUAAUAUGUCAAAAUGGGUCUGCUGACGCCACUCGUGCUCUUCGGAUUUGCAUUUUUUCAAGUCUAUGGAUCCCGUCUCCGCCAAGAGGACUUUCCACCACGGAUUGUUGAGCAUCCUUCAGAUGUGAUAGUGUCUAAAGGAGAGCCAACUACUCUGAACUGCAAAGCAGAGGGAAGGCCAACGCCCACCAUUGAGUGGUACAAGGAUGGCGAGCGGGUGGAAACGGACAAGGACGAUCCGCGCUCCCACCGGAUGCUGCUGCCCAGCGGAUCUUUAUUUUUCUUACGCAUCGUGCAUGGGCGCAGGAGUAAACCCGACGAGGGAAGCUACGUUUGUGUAGCAAGGAACUACCUUGGAGAAGCUGUGAGUCGCAACGCGUCUCUGGAAGUGGCAUUGCUACGGGAUGACUUCCGCCAGAACCCUACGGAUGUGGUGGUGGCAGCUGGAGAGCCCGCAAUACUGGAGUGCCAGCCGCCUCGAGGGCACCCCGAGCCCACCAUCUACUGGAAGAAAGACAAAGUCCGCAUUGACGACAGGGAGGAGCGCAUCAGUAUCCGUGGUGGGAAGCUGAUGAUCUCCAACACCAGAAAAAGUGAUGCAGGAAUGUACACGUGUGUGGGGACCAACAUGGUGGGGGAGCGCGACAGUGACCCUGCAGAGCUGACUGUCUUUGAGCGGCCCACGUUUCUCAGGCGACCGAUUAACCAAGUGGUGCUGGAGGAGGAGGCCGUGGAUUUCCGGUGCCAGGUGCAGGGGGAUCCCACACCCACAGUGCGGUGGAAGAAAGAUGAUGCAGACUUACCGAGAGGAAGGUAUGACAUCAAAGACGACUACACCCUGCGCAUUAAGAAAGCCAUGAGCACAGAUGAAGGAACCUACACCUGCAUCGCCGAGAACCGUGUUGGGAAAGUGGAAGCCUCUGCUACGCUCACCGUGCGAGCUCGCCCCGUUGCUCCCCCACAAUUUGUGGUGAGACCACGAGACCAGAUUGUAGCCCAGGGUCGAACUGUGACUUUUCCUUGUGAAACUAAAGGAAAUCCCCAGCCAGCUGUUUUCUGGCAAAAAGAAGGAAGUCAGAACCUACUCUUCCCAAACCAGCCUCUGCAGCCCAACAGCAGAUAUUCCGUGUCACCAACCGGGGACCUCACCAUUACCAACAUCCAGAGGUCUGAUGCAGGCUACUACAUUUGUCAAGCACUGACGGUUGCUGGAAGCAUUUUAGCAAAGGCUCAGCUGGAGGUUACUGAUGUCUUGACAGAUCGGCCUCCGCCCAUCAUCCUCCAGGGCCCCGUCAACCAGACCCUGGCAGUGGAUGGCACAGCUCUGCUCAAGUGCAAGGCCACCGGCGACCCCCUCCCUGUCAUCAGCUGGCUCAAGGAAGGGUUCACCUUCCUGGGCCGGGACCCUCGGACAUCCAUACAGGACCAGGGCACGCUCCAGAUCAAAGCUCUGCGGCUCUCUGACACUGGGACUUACACUUGCGUUGCUACAAGUUCCAGUGGGGAGACGUCCUGGAGUGCUGUGCUGGAGGUGACAGAAUCUGGUGGAGCAACAGUCAGUAAAAAUUAUGAUAUAAAUGACCUCCCUGGGCCACCAUCCAAGCCUCAGGUCACUGAUGUUACUAAGAACAGUGUCACCCUGUCCUGGCAGCCAGGGACCCCUGGAAGCCUACCAGCUAGUGCUUAUAUCAUUGAGGCUUUUAGUCAGUCUGUGAGCAACAGCUGGCAAACGGUGGCCAACCACGUGAAGAGCACGCUGUACACUGUGCGAGGCCUGCGCCCCAACACCAUCUACCUGUUCAUGGUCAGAGCCAUCAACCCACAGGGCCUGAGCGACCCCAGCCCCAUGUCAGAUCCUGUCCGAACCCAAGAUAUCAGCCCCCCAGCACAAGGUGUGGAUCACAGGCAAGUCCAGAAGGAGCUGGGAGAUGUCAUUGUACGGCUGCACAAUCCUGUUGUGCUGACACCCACGACAGUGCAAGUCACCUGGACGGUGGACCGCCAGUCCCAGUUUAUCCAGGGCUACCGUGUCCUGUACCGCCAGACCUCGGGCCUGCCUGCCCCAGCCGUGUGGCAGAGCCUGGAGGUCAAGGUCCCCACCGAGCGCAGCGCCGUCCUCAUCAGCCUGAGAAAGGGGGUCACCUACGAAAUUAAGGUUCGCCCUUAUUUCAAUGAGUUCCAGGGGAUGGACAGUGAAUCCAAGUCUGCUCGUACCACAGAGGAAGCUCCAAGUGCUCCUCCUCAGUCUGUCACUGUCCUGACAGUUGGAAAUCACAACAGCACAAGCAUCAGCAUCUCCUGGGAUCCUCCCCCUCCAGACCACCAAAACGGAGUCAUCCAGGAGUACAAGAUCUGGUGCCUAGGUAAUGAGACUCGAUUUCAUAUCAACAAAACAGUAGAUGCAGCCAUUCGGUCUGUAGUAAUAGGUGGCCUAUAUCCAGGUAUCCAGUACCGCGUGGAAGUUGCUGCAAGCACCAGCGCAGGUGUGGGAGUAAAAAGUGACCCACAACCCAUAAUAAUUGGAGGUCGUAACGAAGUUGUCAUCACUGAAAAUAACAACAGCAUAACUGAGCAAAUCACUGAUGUGGUGAAGCAGCCUGCCUUCAUAGCUGGCAUUGGUGGUGCAUGUUGGGUCAUUCUCAUGGGUUUCAGCAUCUGGCUUUACUGGCGGAGAAAGAAGAGGAAGGGGCUCAGCAAUUAUGCUGUCACCUUCCAAAGAGGAGAUGGAGGACUAAUGAGCAAUGGAAGUCGACCAGGUCUGUUGAAUGCCAGUGACCCCAGUUAUCCUUGGCUUGCAGACUCUUGGCCUGCCACAAGUCUGCCAGUAAAUAACAGCACUAGUGGACCCAAUGAUCUUGGGAAUUUUGGUCGUGGAGAUGUGCUGCCACCAGUGCCAGGGCAAGGAGAUAAAACUGCUACCAUGCUUUCUGAUGGAGCCAUUUACAGCAGCAUCGACUUCACCACCAAAACCAGUUACAACAGCUCCAGCCAAAUAACGCAGGCUACGCCAUAUGCCACCACCCAGAUCCUGCAUUCCAACAGCAUCCACGAGCUGGCUGUUGAUUUACCAGAUCCACAGUGGAAAAGCUCAAUUCAGCAAAAAAAUGACCUCAUGGGAUUUGGUUACUCUCUCCCAGACCAAGGCAAAGGCAACAAUGGUGGCAAAGGAGGGAAAAAGAAGAAAAACAAAAAUACUGCCAAGCCCCAGAAAAAUAAUGGUUCAACCUGGGCCAGUGUUCCCCUCCCACCCCCUCCUGUGCAGCCACUUCCAGGCACAGAGCUGGAGCACUAUGGGGUGGAUCAGCAAGAAGCAGGAUAUGACAGUGAUGGUUGGUGUCCACCUUUGCCAGUUCAGACCUACCUGCAUCAGGGCAUGGAAGAUGAGCUUGAAGAAGAUGAUGAUCGUGUCCCCACACCUCCUGUCCGGGGAGUAGCUUCAUCUCCUGCCAUCUCCUUUGGGCAGCAGUCGACUGCAACUCUCACGCCUUCCCCACGAGAGGAGAUGCAGCCAAUGCUUCAAGCUCACCUUGAUGAGUUAACAAGGGCUUACCAGUUUGCCUCAGGCUCCAGUUCCUCCCCUAGGAUACGUAUCUGGAAACCUUAUUUCAGAUUUGGAAACAGAUGUUCCAGAUGACGAUGAUGAUGAGG